AAGUCGUGAACGAUUUGUCGGUGAACGAAAUGUCAGUGAACGAAUAGCCGUGUCCCCUACCUUCAAAGUUCAAGUACUUCUCUAACAAACAUGAUGAGUGAGGUAAACAUGGCUAGCAACACAGCGACCAAGAUAACCGUGUCCUUCCGAACAUUCGUGAGCCUAACUGCGUAGUUACAUCACCGCCCACCCAUAGGAAACAUUUAUCCGAUCUCGAAAUACAGCUGAUAUAAAAAAUGUCCGGACAGCUAACGGAUCUUCCCGCUAUUACAAAAACUAAAUAAUGUCAGUAUUCCGGGCCAAAUUAGCAAUGGAAUUUAUUCCAGUUUACAAUGCUGAACGGAUUAAGGUUGUAUGUAAUCACAGAUUAUUUCACCUGUAUGGAAUAUUUACAACAUCAGGAUGACUUGCUUAUAGUUUUAGUGUUCGGAAUAGUUUUCAUUACAUUGAUAAUAUUAGCUGUAAAAUAUAAAUGUAGGCCAAACUCAAUCAAACAUAAUGCCAAAUCUGGAGAAACGGUACACGACCUUAACCUUCACGACUCCUGCGUGGUAUGCUGUAAAAAUCCUGGACAUAAAAAAUUCAAGCAAGCCAAAUUGUUUGAGUUGAAAGAUUUACCAGAAGACUACAGGAGACAGGAUCUGAUCGAUUACAUCCGGGUUAUUACAGGGCUUGUUGUGAAGGUCGAAGUUCACGAAGAGAGUAAGAAAAGACCUCAGAGUCUUGGAAAAGGCAGAGAUAUUCUGAGAGAAAAUGAUAUUAAUGUCGGCACGGGAAUACUCUGGAAUGCUCAGCGUUGCUACUGGAGAACGUCUACGCCCUGUCCUUGUCCUGAGUGUAAAUUAAGCCCAAACCCUUACAAGCAGUGGGGGAAACUCUGCGUCAGCACGGCGAAUCACGUAGUUUACGACAUUGUUGAGGCCAGAAGUGUCCGGGUAAUUCUCAACUACGACGACCCGAAGGACAGAUCAAGAGUGGUCACUCUACGAGGGUACAAAGUUAUUAGGAAAAAAAUAGAGAGCGACUCCUGCGAACUGGCGGUGGCGACGCACAGCAAGGAUGUGCACGACGCCGUGAUUCUCGGCAUCGAGAGCUGCUACAGAAACGCGCGCGAGCCAAGUGAGCAAGAAAAAUUGACCGCCAUGCAGAGGGGAGACUAUCUGACACUUAUCAUCUCGCAUCCCCACGGCCUGGAGAAGAACAUCAGCCUCGGUAGGUCAAAGCAACGUAAGGUAGACGACGAUUCCCGAACCGCUGUCGUUCCCGUCACUUACACCUACGACACGCCCACUUGCCCUGGAUCUAGCGGGGCGCCGGUGCUUAUUAUAGGGAACGAAAACGUAACUAUCAACUUUCCGCCCCACAGUGGCAAUAAACGCUAUAACCGCAACAUCAGCGGAGAGGGGUGCGAGCUCAAUGACAGUUUCCUUUCCAAAGAUCAACAAAAAUCAACCAUAUUCUUCAUUAUCCACAGCAAGUCUUUCAACAAAAAGCGAAAGUUGUAUAAUUUAUGGAGAUUCUUUAUAGUCAAAGGACGCCACCUUUAUUACACUGCAGUCCAACGCGUAAAAAAACUGCCCAAAAAAAGGUUUCGCAAGCCAAACGCAAAAAUGUUGAAGAAAUUACAAGAAAAUCUAUUUUGGAAUAAACGACGCGAAAAGAGGAAACCCAAAGAAAACACUGGCACAAUUCCAUACUUCUUAAAAGGACUAAAACUUUCCUCAAAACAUUGCAUCUAUAAAGAUAUGCAUGCAGAAUUUCUACAAGUGAAAGAUUUCAACAUCAACUUAUUACCAAAAAGUGGCCAGGAUGAUCUUGUAGUGAAAGCUAUCACCAACCUCUGUUGCCUGACCGGCUGUCUGAUUUUACCUAACGAUCAGUUCACGUGUUUUAUCAUUUAUCGAGAUUUUAGCAGACGACCAAAAAAGGCUACGUGUCCUUGCCCUGUAUGUGUGCAGUCGAAGAAGCCUAAGCCAGAGUGGGCUUCGUUUGCUGCCAGAACGUCCUUCAACUUUGCGAACAGCAAAAGCACGAAGCUGGCCAAAUGUAUACUUUACUACGAUGACGAGAGCCAGCUGGACAAAGCCAAAUUUCUCUACGUCUAUGACGUCACCAAAACGAACAGGCAGACGAGAACCUGUGACAUUUUAUUAGCGACCCACGACAUUGACGUGUCAAGCAAAAUUUUAAAACUAAUCGAAGAACUGGGAAAGGUGGAAACACAGUUGAGAACUAAAUUCGACAAAAGUCUGACCGACAGUCUGACAGUUGUACCGUGUCAUCCUCACGGGCUGCCUAAAUGUCUAUGGGUUCCACCAUUCCGUAAUGACAAGGGGGAAACAGACGACAGCUACAAUGGGGACACUUGCAGUGGAAUAGCUGGAGCACCUGUUUACAAAGUUAACGGACAAACAUUGGUGAAUUGUGAUAUUAUCCCGUACAAAGUUUCACAGAAAAGCUAAGUGUUAAGUUCGUCGAACAAUUUUUCUACGCACAGCUGACACUGGAGGCUCUAUAACAGCGGUUCUCAACCUGUGGGUCUCGGAGCUAAAAAAGGUUGAGAACCGCUGCUCUAUAAUAUAUGUCGUGUGGUAAGCGUACCGGAUAGUGUUUUGAGCUAGGACGUCAUUCAUCUUCAUUUCUGAAGGAUCAUUCAGAAACAUUUUGAUACUGUAGGGCCAAUUAUGUUUAAGGUUUAAUGAUAAUGAAGCCUCAAUGAUACUAAAGGCUCAGUGAUGUUUAAAGCUCAAUGAUACCGAAGGCCUAGUGAUACUGAUGGCUCAAUGAUACUGAAGCCUGAAUUAUACUAAAGGCUCAAUGAUACUGAAGGCUCAAUGAUACUGAAGCCUGAAUGAUACUAAAGGCUCAAUGAUACGUAAGGUUCAAUGAUACAUAAGCCUCAAUGAUACAUAAGCCUCAAUGAUACUGAAGGCCCAAAUGAUACUGAAGGCCCAGUGAUACUGAAGGCUCAUGAUACUGAAGCCUGAAUGAUACUAAAUGCUCAAUUAUACUUAAGGCUCAAUGAUACUGAAGGCUCAAUGAUACUUAAGGCUCAAUGAUACUUAAGGAUUAAUGAUACUUAAAGCCCUCUAUUACUGGUGUCUCAGUUGCCGCCAAUGCAAAAUAAUCAAUAGACUUUCUAUAUCACUAAGUCUGUAUAUUAAUGAUGUCGAGAGAGAGAGACAGACAGAGAGAGAGAGGGGGGGGGGGAACAAAGAGAAAGAUACAGAAGAAGCUUCAGUAUUUUCUGUAUAUAUACACCUCUAUUGGUCAGUACUUUUAAUUGUGUUCGUCUACUAACAUAGUGCUAAGAUCAAUACAAUGUUGGGAAAUAAAAAUCAAAGGCAAUAAAUGGCUAGUGGUGCAUUGAGCGAUCUUCUUGGCUAGAGAUCUUUUUAGCGUUUAUAAAAUCUGUCCCACUCAAAGGGCAUUAGGAAGUCUUCUUUCUAAGUGUGCGUUUAAAAACUCUUGGUUUGAAACAUUAAUCUCAUUCCUUAAAUUCAUCUCCAUAAUAAUAGACGACUCUAAUGACAUUAAUACAUGUAUGUGUUCAUAUUGCAUUGUGUCACUGUAAUUUUUUUUUAUUAAAAAAACCCUGUAAAAUCCUUCUUCAUGAUCUAUGUCUCAGCCAGGGCCGGCAUUGUCUUAUUUGAUCGAUUGCUCCAAAUUGGGCCCCGCUCCUGGCUGCGGCCACGCAAUAUACGUUUCGCAUCAGUCUGGCUCUUGUCACGGUUUUUAAAAGCUGUAGGAUUUAUAAAGGGUUAACAUAUUUAGUGUAUCGUACGAUUGACGUCACUUUACUUAAACCACUGGAACGUAUUGCGUUUGAGUUGCUUCCUAUGCAUGUUGUAUAAUACAUGUUGAUAUAUAAUGAUCUAAUUAAUAGAAAUAGUUGCUAUUGUAAACAAAAAAUGUAGAAGAGGGGCCUCGCAAGUAUCCAUGGGCCCUGCAAUUUGUGAAGGCCGGCCCUGGACAGCUGGAGGCAUUUUUUGAAAUACUGACAACUUUAACAUCGAAUUUUUUUUUUAUCUUGGCCUAAAAAGACCGAUAUCUAUCAUUCUAUGGGAUAUCAUUUAAAAGUAGGCCCUAUUAAAUCGUAAUAGUUCUCCUUGUCUAUAGUUGCACUAGAAAGAUAUAUUUAUUGACAAUGUAUGUAUUUAAUUCACUCAUUGUGUCACGGGUGAUAUAUAUAUAUAUAUAUAUAUAUAUAUAUAUAUAUAUAU